AUGUCGCCAAGAAGAAAAGAACCUUCCGCUGCUUCAGUGUUUGUCAAAAACCUUAAAGCGCUCCAAUUUAAUACAGAGCGUUACAACAACAACAACAACAACAGACACAAACGCUUUAUUCUCGAUGAACGAACAUUCACUGCUCGUGACGGUACAGUUCGAUCCUUUGAAAUCAUUAGCUAUUUUUUAUUUCAAUUACUCGACUCAACUAAAGCUAAUUCGACUUUUAAAGGUGUCUACCCUGUCACCACCAAGCGUCAGUCCUUGGAAUACCGUUGCCUGGCUUUUAACUGGUUGAGGGAGAUACAAUCUGGCUCCCCACUGAUGAAUACUCCUUUACGCAAAAGUCAUUUAACCGACUGUCGCGGUGAGCCUAUCAACAAAAUAUUGGCCGCACUUACCACUAUCGUUGUUAACAAGCAACCACCAAAUCUCAAAAAAGAGACAAACACUCCUCCACCACCACCACACAAACCUCAACAACCAACAAAGCCUGAAGUUUCUUCAGCUAAAAAAACCAACACAGCCAAACCAGGUAAGCGAUCUUUGGAUCAACGCCCCGGAUCUACCGAAGACCCCACAGCAAAAAAGACAAAAGUGGCCGUGGUUACAGAUGUAAAAGAGGCAACAAGCACCUCCAACAAACACCCAUCUCUAAAAUCCACCACCAAGUUGCUAUUUACAAGGGAUGAUUCAAACUACCGAUCAUACGAAGAACGCUUGGCCUUAAAGUAUGAAGCAUACGAUUCAGCACGGGCUUGGGUCAUGUCUAUUGCAAAAUACACAGACUACUUUGUAGCAUCUGCAGCGCACUGUCACCACCCCGCAGCGCCAUCCACAACACACACAGCAAAGUCCAAAGAACGCCCACCUGUAUAUACCAGAAGACCAUUGAAAGUCCUUGAUUUCCCUGACAGACCCAUCCCAGCCCCAUCACCCUUUAUACCCAGUCACGUACCACCGAUCCCCGAAUCCCUAUUGGCUUCAUCUCCAUCAUCAACUUCUGAACACGUAUCUAACAAGACCACAGAGUUAGAAUAUUAUAGAUUUGACGCUUUCAUACGUGAUAUGAAAGCAAAAAGCAAAAAAUAAAAAAGGCCCGACCUUUUAUACCCCCCCCCCUCCCUCACCACCGCCACCACAAUUUGAAGAAAAAAAAGUUCACGCCAUACUUUUUACUGUUUGAGAGUCUAUUCCUGACAACUGCUUGAGUUUAUUGUUUCUAUUUGAAGUUUUCUAAUAGUGUAAGAGAUAUCGUGUUUUUUAUAAACCCACGCCAUGUGUUCCUUUUUGCUUUUUUUUUAAAAAAUCAUGCGACGGGGACGUGAUUUAAGGCUAAUUAUACGCGCACCAUACUUUUUGCUUGAAAAAAAAAUCUCGCGCACCAUACUUUUCUGUGCCGG